UCAGGUAUUGAACAGAGGAGCGCGCAACAGUCAGAGGAGUGUUAAGUCAGUGGAGGAAACAGUGUAUAAAGUAUCUAACAAGAAAAGCUUUAAAGGACCUCCAAGUUUUGCACUGAGAAAGCUCACCUGUUCCACUCAUUUGGCUUUGUGUAACUGUGUGUGUGUAUAUAACUGCUAGUGCAGAUUUCCAGCAGCACCUCAGGAUUUCUUCUGAGCGCGUGAUGAAGUGCAGGGCGUCGCAGAGGAGCGCGCGGGUGAUGCGCGUGGUUCAUUGGGCUGUGAUGCUGGGAUUGAUCCAGUGCGGCGCGCUCAGCGCGCGGAAGUUCCGCGGAGGUCGAAACCCGCAGCCACGGCGCGCGCUCCCCUCCGUGCAGUCCCGCGACCGCGCCGAAACCACCGAGAGCUUCUCACUGGAUUUCACAGCCGUGGAAGAAAACAUGGACAACUUCAUGACUCAGGUGAAGAACCUCGCGCAGUCUCUGUACCCGUGCUCGGCGCAGAAGCUCGACUACGACAUGAAGUUACAUUUCCUGGAGAAUACUUCAGUCACCUGUAACGACGGGACCCCAGCAGGGUACUACCUGAAGGAGUCCAAGGGAAGCAGAAGGUGGUUAAUAUUUCUGGAGGGAGGCUGGUACUGCUUCAACAAGGAGAACUGUGACAGCAGAUACGAGACCAUGAGGAGACUCAUGAGCUCCUGCACAUGGCCACAAAGCAAGACAGGCACAGGAAUACUGUCUUCACUUCCAGAGGAAAACCCACACUGGUGGAAUGCCAACAUGGUGUUCAUCCCAUACUGCUCAAGUGAUGUAUGGAGUGGGGCCACACCAAAAACCGAUCAAAAUGACUAUGCGUUCAUGGGUUCACUGAUCAUAAAGGAAGUGGUGAAGGAUCUUCUCACCAAAGGUCUGGACAAUGCCAAGAUACUGCUGUUAGCGGGAAGCAGUGCGGGCGGCACUGGGGUGUUGCUGAACGUGGACCCAGUAUCUGAGCUCCUGGAGGAGUUGGGUCACGCAAACAUCCAGGUCAGGGGUCUGGCUGAUUCUGGCUGGUUCUUGGACAACAAACAAUACCGCUGCACUGACUGUGUGGACACCAUCAACUGUGCACCCACUGAGGUCAUCAAGAGAGGAAUCAAAUACUGGGGUGGUGUUGUACCGGAGCGAUGCCGACAGGCUUAUGAAGGAAAAGAAUGGAACUGCUUCUUUGGCUAUAAAAAUUAUCCUACCAUUAAACGUCCAGUGUUCGUAGUGCAGUGGCUAUUUGAUGAAGCCCAGCUAACGGUGGACAACAUUCAUCUGACUGGUCAGCCCGUUCAAGAGGGCCAGUGGCGUUAUAUCCAGAAUCUGGGGACGGAGCUGAGGAACACUCUGAAGGACGUCCCUGCCAUGUUUGCUCCAGCUUGCCUUUCGCACGAAUUCAUAACAAGAAAUUUCUGGACCGACGUUCAAGUCAAGGGCACGUCUUUACCCAGAGCGCUCCACUGCUGGGAUCGCAGUCUACAGGACAACAGCAGAAAUAACAAAUCCCCUCCCAAAGGCUGUCCCAUGCACUUGAUUGACAGCUGUCCAUGGCCUCACUGCAACCCCACGUGCCCAACAAUCCGAGACCAGUCGACGGGACAGGAGAUGAACGUUAUCCAGUUCCUCAUGCACAUGGGCUUCGACGUGCAGAAGAUGGCCCACCAGCAGGGCAUGGACCCGAGUAAACUACUGGGCAUGCUCAGCAGCGGCAGCUAAAUGCUAAAAGGACUCGCUCCUUUCCCAUCAGUCCGUUCGAUACCUCCAAGCCCUUCACCCACCUCAGGUUUGACCUUAGGCUGAGCCUUGCCUUUAGCCGGGGCUCUGUGCCAAAUUUCUAUGGGCUUCCAUCUCCAGAUCCCCUCAUUAAUGAUCCGUUUAAAAGUCCAGCGUAUACAUGCAGAUUUUCCUCACUGAGCAGCUUUGGAGACGGUGGAGAUGCCCAAAACAGAGAUUUGGAACGGAGCCCUUGUCAGAUCCACCUCAGUUAAACCAUGGGCUGCUGACUGUUCAAAACCUUCCCAACACAGUACGGGUUAAAGUACUGAGGAAAACCAUGCAAACCGGGACAAGGUACACCUGCAUCUCUUCUCUUAAUUUAUCGUUUGGUUAUUAAAGUAUCACGAAUGUAAUCCAGUUUUACGGAUCUUCAGCUGUGUUGUUUGCGUUGUGGUUUUUUUAUCUCAUUUCCUUUUUGUUACCAAUAUAUUUAGCCACAGUUUAUUAGAGUUUUAUAUGUCCAUUCAGAGAGAGAGUGUUACGGAUAUAUUAUCGAUUUAUAGAGUUUAUAAUCUGUAACACAGAUUACAUGAAGUACAUGUCAAAUAUAUAUGAAUCUACUCAAGACUAUAUAGAAUCGUAUAAACGGGAACUUUGGGACAGACAGACACACACGUGUGUGGAAAGCACUGGAUCACCUACUCUAAACCCAACUUCAUUCUUGGGGUACAGCUAAGUUAUUUUCAAAAAUAAUAUGACUUGAUUUAGGAAUAGUCAGUCCCUUAAUAAUAAUAAUAAUUCUCUUAUCUUUAACCAACUCCCAUGCCAUUCCAAUCAUGGCUGGAGAACUUUCAAAGAAUGUUCAAGCUUCAGUUUGGUGUUUGGUCAUCUAUACUGCCAAAAGCCAAAGUAUCAUAGUAGUCAUAGACUAUAUCCCAGAAUCCAUUCAACAGUACCAAGAAC